AUGGAGGACACAGAGCAUAAAGAACCUGGAAGUUUUCCAGAUAAGAAAAGUGGACAUGGGGAUUUAGGCGAUGGUCUGUCCACUUCUCUAGAGAGAAUAGCACUGACUCCAGCUACUAGUAUUGAUCCUACAUCGAUUGAGGACUUUGUUUUUCUGAAGCCAAUCAGCAGAGGGGCAUUUGGGAAAGUAUUUCUGGGACACAAGAAAAAUCAAGAAAACAAGAAAUAUGCCAUCAAGGUGAUGAAGAAAUCCGACAUGGUUAACAAGAAUCUGGUGAGCCAAGUGUUAACAGAGAGAGAUGCCCUAGCUUUAUCCAACAGCCCAUUUAUUGUACACCUUUACUAUUCCCUGCAAUCUCAGAAUAACAUUUUCCUGAUAAUGGAAUACUUGAUUGGUGGGGAUGUUAAGAGUCUGUUGGCUGUCUAUGGUUAUUUUGAUGAGGAAAUGUCUCAGAUAUAUGCAGCAGAAGUUACCCUGGCUCUGCAAUAUCUACAUUCUCAUGGAAUCAUACACAGGGACCUAAAGCCUGACAACAUGUUAAUUACCGGUAAGGGGCACCUGAAACUGACAGAUUUUGGACUCUCUAAGAUUAACCUAGAUGAUGGGAGUGUCCCACCAGAAACACAGGGGACUCCCCUCCCCUACAGUAAAAUGGCUGGUAACCUCAGGACACCUGGUCAAAUAUUGUCACUCAAAAGUAAUCUAGGAUUUAAUCUUCGUUCCAUAAAGAAACACAAACUGAGUUCCCUGUUGGAGGAGAGUGGAUCACCCAAGUCUUUUGGUUCCCUUAAAUCCCUCAACUCCCCAAUUUGUCAGUCGUCAGCCAAACCGAUGUCACUCCGAGAAAGAGUA